GCGCACCUGCGCGACCGCUACUUGAAAGCAGUCAACGAUCGCGCUGCAUUGUGGCGAUCGAAUGGCCGCCUCGUCUGAUGUCUGUCCAUUCUGUUCUUCUGCAAUUAGUUUUGCUUUAUUCGGCGAUCCUCGCGAGCGGUGUCUCUCGUUGAACGAUCCGAUUUAGUAACAUAGCAAGAUUAUUAAUAUUAACGUAACAUUGAAAUGGAAAAAAGUGCUGAUGGAUUGCUGUUUCGUGCUGAGAGAAAUAAUGGUGCCGAUGAAGUAACCAUGGAUAUUGUUGAUGAAAGAGUGGCUAUUUUGGAUGCAGGCGCACAAUAUGGAAAAGUAAUAGACCGAAAGAUUCGUGAAUUAAAUGUCCAUAGUGAAAUUUUGGCACUUGAUACACCUGCAUUUACUCUUCAAGAAAAAGGAUAUAAGGCUAUCAUAAUUUCUGGUGGUCCUAGUUCAGUAUAUGCAGAAGAUGCACCUAGAUAUGAUGCCGAUAUCUUUCGAAUAGGAAUUCCUGUACUAGGUAUCUGUUACGGAAUGCAGAUGAUGAAUAAAGAAUUCGGUGGUAGUGUAACUAGGAGAGAGACUCGAGAGGAUGGUCAAUUUCCUAUUGAAGUUGAUACCAAGUGCCUGUUAUUUAAGGGCUUGGACAAGGAACAGAUGGUACUACUAAGUCAUGGAGAUAGCAUAGAUAGGGUGGCCGACUGUUUUCGUACUACUGCCAGAUCGUCAAGCUUUAUAGCAGGUAUAGCAAGCGAUAAGAUGAAUUUGUAUGGCGUACAGUUUCAUCCAGAGGUGGACUUAACGCCUAAUGGAAAAUCAAUGCUUCAUAACUUUUUAUUCGGUAUCUCUGGCCUUACGGGUAAUUACACGCUCCGUGAUCGGGAGACGCAAUGUAUCCAAUAUAUCAGAAAUACUGUAGGCGAUAAAAAAGUUCUGUUAUUAGUAAGCGGUGGGGUGGACUCUACAGUGUGCGCAGCUCUGUUACAAAAAGCUUUAAGUAAGGAGCAAGUUAUAGCUCUACACAUUAAUAACGGCUUCAUGCGUAAGGGAGAAACGCAAUUCGUGGAACAAAGUUUAGCUCAAUUGUGUGUCACAUUAAGAGUAGUAAAUGCUGGACGCUAUUUCAUGCAAGGAACGACGACCGUUCCAUUGGAUAACGUUGCACCUGCAAUGAAUGCCAAUGUUACAAAUAACAAAGGAAUAUGCGGCGCCGCGAGUAGUCCAAGAACCAGAUUAACUAAGAUGCUGUGCGAGACUACCAACCCAGAGGAGAAGCGAAAAAUUAUAGGAGAUGUUUUCAUAAGAGUUGCGAACGAAGCAAUGACAGAAAUGGGAUUGAAGCCAGAGGACAUUUUCCUCGGUCAAGGGACUCUCAGGCCCGACUUAAUAGAAAGUGCAAGCGCCUUAGUCAGUGGUAAAGCGGAUGCCAUAAAAACGCAUCAUAACGACAGUGAAUUGGUACGAGUACUACGAGCGCAAGGACAUGUAGUCGAACCCUUGAAAGAUUUUCAUAAAGAUGAGGUAAGGCAAUUGGGAUGUGAUCUCGGAUUGCCGGCGGCGCUUGUCGCGCGUCAUCCGUUUCCAGGACCCGGACUCGCGGUACGAAUUCUUUGCGCAGAUGAACCAUACAUAGAAAAGGAUUUCUCCGAAACACAGGUCAUAGUAAAAAUAAUGGCCGAGUAUGAGCAGAUGCUUCAGAAGAAACAUGCAUUAUUAAAUCGCGUCGAAGGCGCAACGAGCGAAGUAGAACGUCAGCAACUUCGCAGGGUUUCAAGUCAUCGUCAUAUCGCGGCGACUCUCUUGCCUAUUCGUAGCGUAGGAGUUCAGGGUGAUCGAAGAAGUUAUAGUUAUGUAGUAGGUUUAUCGUGUGAGGAAACUGUAUCCGAGGGUGUGGAAUGGGAGGAUAUGUUAUUCCUUGCAAAACUAAUUCCACGCGUGUGUCAUAAUGUAAACCGUGUGUGCUACAUUUUCGGACCGCAGCUUCAUCAUCCGAUCCAGGAUAUCACGCCUACGUACCUCACUUCGAAUGUGAUAGCAACACUACGACAGGCGGACCACUUAGCUAAUCAAGUGUUGGCUUCUAAUGGUUGUAUGGGAGCCAUUAAUCAGAUGCCCAUUAUUCUAAUCCCGAUACAUUUUGACCGCGACACGGCAUGUCGAACGUUAUCAUGUCAACGUUCUGUUGUGCUUAGGCCAUUCUGUACUAAUGAUUUUAUGACUGGCAUGCCUGCCAUUCCUGGCAAAGAUCUACCAAUACAUGUGGUGAAAAAGAUGGUAACUGAAAUAUCCACAGUACCCGGAAUCUCACGAGUUUUAUAUGACUUGACGUCUAAACCGCCGGGAACAACUGAAUGGGAGUAGUAAACGCUCAUCUGGCCCCUUUCUAUUUUUUCACCAUCCCUUGCGCGCGUAACGAUAUUACAAAGCGAAAAAAUAUAUUUAAAAAAAUAUAUAAAUAUAUAAAUAUAUUACGAAAGAAAUACACGAAUUCGAGA